AUGAGCUCUUCAAGCGACGUUGACGAUGGCUUUGCUGUCGUGGGUCUGUCCUUCAAGCUGCCACAGGAUGCAGUGGAUGUUGACAGCUUCUGGAACGUCAUGGAGGAGAGAAGGAAUCUGAUGACCGACUGGCCAGAAGACCGCGCCAAACUCGACUCAUUCAAUGAUGGCACUUCAGAUAAACCCAACACGCUGCAAACCUUUGGAGCUCAUUUCACUAAAGAUGAUCCAGGCGUAUUUGACGCACCUUUUUUCUCUAUCACAGCUAAAGACGCGGCUGCUAUCGAUCCGCAACAACGAUGGGUUCUGGAAGCUGCUUACCUGGCUUUUGAAAAUGCUGGCAUACCUAUCGAGUCCCUCCGCGAUAGUAUGACGGGAGUGUUUGGGGCGUCCAUGUUCGACGAUUACCUACAUAUGCUUACCAAGGAUCCCGAUGCAAUUCCAAGACAAGCAAUAACAGGGCUAGCGCCGGCACUGUUGGCGAACCGGUUGAGCUGGUACUUUCAGUUGCGUGGGCCUAGUGUACACAUCAAUGCGGCAUGCUCGAGUAGCAUGAUUGCACUGGACAUGGCGUGCAAAGCUAUGCGGGGAGGAGACGCUACUGCCGCCCUCGUAGUUGGAUCCAACGCGCUCCUUAGUCCCGAGAGUUCGCUUUUUAUGUCGAAUAUGAAUGUGCUAUCCCCAGAUAGCAAGUGCUUUAGUUUUGAUGCUCGCGCGAACGGAUACGCCCGCGGCGAGGGGGUUAUUGCCCUGGUCCUGAAGCCGUUACGAGACGCCAUCAAAAAUGGUGAUGUUAUACGGGCAGUUAUCAGAGCAUCGGCGUCCAAUCAGGACGGCAGGACACCUGUACUCACGCAGCCGAGUGCGGACGCACAGGAGCUUCUAAUCCGGCACGUGUAUGAGAAGGCUGGUCUUGAUUUUUCAAGUACAAGAUAUGUCGAGGCGCACGGGACUGGGACGCCAGCUGGUGACCCGGUUGAAAUGACGGCGAUCGGGAAAGUUUUCAGGGAAUCCCGUUCGCCUCAAGAGCCAUUAUAUGUUGGGACCGUCAAACCCAACAUUGGACAUCUCGAGGGCGCAAGUGGACUUGCUAGCUUCCUCAAGGCCAUCCUGGUUCUCGAAAAAGGCAUUAUUCCUCCAACAGCACUCUUCGAGACCAUGAAUCCGCAGAUCAAUGCAGAUUUCUAUAAUGUCCAGGUGCCCACUAGAUGCAUUCCUUGGCCUUCACCUGGCUUACGCCGCGUAUCUGUCAAUUGCUUCGGCUCCGGUGGCUCUAACGCGCACAUAAUUCUCGAUGACGCGUUGAAUUUCCUGCAGAGCCGAGGGAUAGCUGGCUACCAUCAUUGCGUCUCAUCUCCGUCGAUCGUCAACGCGGCUAGUAACGGCAAUAUGCUGAAUAUCAUCAACGACCGGGUUGACUCUCUAAGGAACGGCAAUUACGAGAAACGAGAUGAUUCGUAUACCAAGGGUCGAAGAAUGAGAUUGCUCGUCUGGACUGCCGCAGAUUCAAACGCCGUACGACGCACCUUGACUGCGUACCAAGACUAUUGGCAUCGUGUCCAUCUUACUAGCAAUAACCGUCUUCUGGACCAGCUAGCUUACACGCUUGCCUCGCGGCGAAGUAUUUUGCCAUGGAGGACUUUUGCUGUUACGGGAAAAGAAUCGAAUACGAACAGCUCUCUUGACACUAUUCCUGCAUCGCAGCCGGUCAGGAUAUCACCUGAAGGGACUGGUAUUGCCUUCGUGUUUACCGGACAGGGAGCACAGUACACCGGUAUGGGUCUGGAGCUGUUACAAUAUCCCUUAUUCAAGAAGAGUCUGGAACAAUCAGAUAAAAUAUUAGCUAGCCUCGGCUGUCAGUGGUCGGUAUUUUCGGGCCUUCGCGACGCAGAGAGAAUUCAUGACCCAGAUCUCAGUCAGCCAUUGUGCACCAUUCUUCAGAUAGCGCUAGUAGACCUACUUACCAGCUUCAACGUGGUACCGGUAACUGUAGUUGGCCACUCGAGCGGAGAGAUCGCAGCUGCAUACGCUGCCGGCGCCCUCUCGCAAAGAUCAGCUUGUAAAAUUGCCUACUUCCGUGGACUAGUCGCUAGGAGUCUCCGCUCCAUUGCGGAACCCCCGGGAGCCAUGAUCUCCGUUAACCUGACCGAGUCUGAGGUUCCAUCAUAUCUUAGCAGGCUUAACACAUCCCGACAGUAUAGAAACGACAAGCAGAAUGCUACUGGGAUUCACAUCGCCUGUUUCAACAGUCCCACUAAUCUCACGCUUUCCGGUCCGGCGGAUAUUAUAACAGCACUGAAGGACCUGCUAGAUGAGGAGGGCGUUUUCGCUCACAAAAUUAACACAGGCAUCGCUUAUCACUCCCCUGCCAUGCGCGUCAUUUCGGCCCAGUACCUCCAACUAAUGGGUUCUCUCGACAAUCACGGCGAGCGAUCCGGUCCUGGUAUUACAAUCAUCAGUUCUGUUACCGGUGGCCCCGUAGAACACAAAUUACUUACAAGACCCCAGUACUGGGUAGAUAAUUUACUCUCGCCGGUGAGGUUUACGGAUGCUGUCCUGCACCUCGCUAGGAAUGCCAACGUUACUGACCUAGUCGAGAUUGGACCGCACAGUGCUCUCAAACGCCCAGUAUGCGAGGGGGCUCCCUCUAUGCGGUACCAUUCCAUGCUGACGCGCUCAAAAUCACCUGUAGAAACCACAUUGUCUCUUGCAGGAACCCUCUUCUGCAGUGGAUAUCCUUUGUCUAUAUUGGCGGCCAAUGGCCAGACAGAGGGCGAGAUGCCAUUCCUCGUUGACUGUCCACCAUAUCCAUUCGACCACAGCCGGCGAUAUUGGCAUGAGUCACGACUUAGCAAGGACUUUCGCCUCCGGACGUCUUCGCGGGGAUAUCUUCUAGGAAGACGGGCUCAUGACUGGAACCCGUUACAACCCCGGUGGCGGAACUGGCUUUCUGUGGAGGCGAUUCCAUGGUUGGCUGACCACGUCGUCAGCGGUACCACAAUCUUACCAGGAACUGGCAUGCUGGUAAUGGCGAUCGAAGCCGUAUCUCAAACGGUGGCUACAAACACAAACGCGCGCGCUAUCGCUGGCUUCCUAUUUAAACAAGCCACAUUCCUUGCCCCAAUCACUGUCGGUGGAGCCAUAUCGGACGCCACCGAGACCGAACUGAGACUAAACCCAGUCCACAGGCCGCAUGAGAAAGAAUCUACAUGGUACAGUGUCAGGAUAUUUUCGCAUUCUAAGGAACGGUGGUCUGAGUGUUUCCAGGCCGACAUCCAGGUACAGUUUGAAGAGACAAGCCCGGGAUGUACACAAGUGGACGGCGGGCGUGAGAAGCGGCUAGAAAAGCAGUCGAUGUAUGAGACCGGGAGACGGACAGAGGCGUCCUGUUCGCUAGCCGUUGACAGUCGAGCUUUUUACGACUUUACGCACGACCACGGUAAUGCAUACGGCGAAGCUUUCCAGCUGUUGACAAAUAUAGUCUGGGAUGGAAACCGGGCCGCAGCUGCAAAAGUCGACAUGACCCAGAUACUGACAGAAGCGGAAGAGCAGAGUCAUAGUCCUGUGCAUCCUGCCGUUCUUGAUACACUGAUGCAAUUGCUUUUCGCACAAGUAUCCUGUGGGCUUGCUAAGCCGGUCCCGACAUUAGUACCACAGAGGCUUGCUAAUGCCUGGUUUCCAGCCCGAACGUGGAAACAGGCAACGCGAUUCGUGAGUGUGAGUUUCAUGGCGCACAAUGACGGAGGUGGCAGCGGCUCGACGGGGGUGGAGGGCACUGUGUAUGCGCUAGGCGAUGACGGCACGCCGCUCUGUGCGAUAGAACACCUCGUUGCAGCUCAAGUAGCGAAGUCCGGGGUAGUCGACCAGAACGUCGCUCAGGCGGGACGCAACCUGUUGUAUAAUUUAUCGUGGAAACCUCAAUUGAGCUCGAUAGGUACCACCGCGCUACAGAGACUCAUUCACGACAUAGCUACUGUAGCCCGCAGCGAGGUUGACACCACUACCGAUAUAUUAGAAGAGAUAUAUCCCCAAGCAGAAUUGGCCAUGCGCAUGGCCACACGAAAGGCCCUCGAUGAAGUUUCACCCGAAGAGAUUGUCUCAAGUCCCAGCCACAUACGUAAAUAUGCCGCCUUGCUCAGACGGGUUGUUGAUAGCCGAGAUCUCGAUGAGACACUCGGUGAGCUAGCCCUAAAAUGGCUACUUGAUGAAUGCGAUUCGGAGUUUCCGAAGUGUCGUAUUCUGCCCACCGUCGCACGCGCUCUCCCUUCCGUCUUACGUGGUGAGAUUGACCCUUUAAACCUCCUCUUCUCUAGCGGGGCGGCCGAGUCAUUCUACGAUGUAUUGUUCCAACAACACGUCUACGAUGGGCGGCUUAAGACCUUUAUGGACCUACUAUCACAUGAGAAUCCCAAACUACGGAUUUUAGAAGUUGGCGCGGGGACGGGCGGCUUGACGCGUCUGGUCUUAGAUAUCUUAUGGGAUUUAGAGAAAAGGGACGGCUUUCAGGGGACGAGAUUUGCAGAAUAUACAUAUACAGAUAUCUCAUCGGCGUUCUUUGACGCGGCUAGAAGGAAAUUUGUAUCAGCUGAGGGCCGGGGCGUCACUGGCGAGGAGAGUAGGAUUACCUUUAAAACAUUUAAUCUGGAGAAGGAGCCGGCAGAUCAGGUAGGGUUUGACGACUCGAAUGGCCUUUACGAUGUCAUCAUUGCAGGAAGCGUACUUCAUGCCACGACGAACUUGGCGUCCUCGCUGGGCCGAAUCCGCAAACUUUUGAAGCCUGGGGGACGUCUCAUUAUUCAGGAGAUCACGUCCCCAGAGAGCGCCUGUAUCAAUGUAGGAUUUGGUCUGCUCGAGGGUUGGUGGAUGGGGACAGAAGAGUGGAGACUAAAUACGCCUCUUGCAACAGUGCAGCAAUGGGACGAGUUGUUGCUCGAGACGGGCUUCUCGGGUGCUGAUCUGACGCUAGAAAAUUCGCAACACGACGGCUCGUGGUUCAGCAGCAUUAUGGUUUCGACCGCCGUCGCUGGGCAUCAGCGAUUAAACGGACUGCUAGUCAACGGAGACCAACACCACUCCAAGCCUGAGCUGGAAGUUAUUGUAAAUUUGGACUCUACUACACAGCGAGACGUUGCAGCCACUAUCGCUGAUCAGUAUCCUCAGUCGCGCAUCGUAUCGUUAGAGCAUAUUAGGCGGGACGAAUGGAAGCCAUCGACCGCCACGACGGUCGUAUCCCUUCUUGAAAUCGGUACACCUUAUCUGGCCAACAUGUCCGAAUCAGACUUCCAAGAUAUUCGGAGACUUAUCCAGCGCGUACAAAACUUGUUGUGGGUGACAUCUCCAGCUCACCAUGGGGAGUCAUACGCACACUAUGCUCUAGCUAUCGGCUUCUUCCGAGGAAUCCGCACCGAAGAGAGCAGCAAACACCUCGUCUCCCUAACUAUCGAAUCAUGUGCAUUGGGUAACGAGGGGAGUUUUAUAACCCAGGUUUUGAAAUCGUGCUUCAUUGACCAGUUGUCAUCUACCGAGUUGGAGUUUGUGGUGCGGGAUGGCCAAUUACUUAUCGGGAGACUGACGCGGGAGGUACAGCUAGAUCAAGAGCGUGUAGACCGCAUUGUUCCACGUCUCCGAUCUAAGAGCUGGCAGCCCGGUCCACCCCUCAAGUUAUCGGUGGGCACUGCCGGCAUGUUAGAUACCCUCCACUUUGUCCAAGACGACGCCACACAAGCCGAUAUCCUCCAGGUCGGUGAAGUCGAAAUUGCGGCCGCCGCUUGGCCCGUCAGCUUUCGCGACGUAUUAAUCGCCCUAGGCCGCCUCAGCUCCCAGGAAGGCCUGGGUUUUGAGUGCGCCGGUUCCAUCACACGCAUCGGGCCUGGUUGUCCUCCAGAGUAUGAUCUACACGUCGGCGACCGUGUGGUUAUAGUUAGCCCGGGAUGCAUGCGAAGCCACCCGCGGGCACCGGCGCACGCGGUGUUCAAGAUUCCGGACACGCUCUCUCUUCAAGACGCUGUCGCGGCCAUCAACCCAGGCAUGACAGCCUAUCACGCGCUUAUCAACGUGGCGCGGCUACAGCCUGGCGAGAAGAUCCUGAUCCACUCGGCCGCCGGGAGCACAGGGCAAAUGGCGAUCGCGAUAGCCCAACAGUUCCUCGGCGCCGAGGUGUUCGCCACUGUCGGCUUCGACGAUAAAAAGCAACUAUUAAUCGACCGCUUCGGCAUCCCCGAUGAUCAUAUCUUCUACAGCCGCGACACGAGCUUCGCUCGCGGCGUCAUUCGCAUGACGGGCGGGCGAGGUGUCGACGUCGUGCUUAACUCCCUGUCGGGCGACGGUUUACGCGCCAGCUGGGAGUGCAUGGCUGCCUACGGACGCUUCAUCGAAAUCGGAAAGGCGGAUAUCGGCAGCAACUCGGUCUUGCCUAUGAGCGGGUUCGCGAAGAACGUGAGCUUCUCGGGCGUGGAUCUGCUGCAUAUCUCUUUGACUGACGCGGGACUGUCGAGGAGUUUAGUUAGUAAGGUUCUGGAGCUGGUGGAAAGUGGAAAGAUCAGAGUGCCAGGGCCCUUGACUGUGUUUCCUAUAGGAGAGGUGGAGGGGGCGUUUCGACAUAUGCAGAGUGGGAGGAAUGUGGGGAGGACGGUUGUUACGAUGAAGGAUACAGAUAUGGUUUCGAAAUAUACAGUCCAGGGGAACGAGUGGAAGUUUAAUGCUAACGCAUCGUAUAUUAUUGCCGGAGGAUUCGGUGGCCUUGGCCGGUUCAUCCUCCGCUGGAUGGCGGACCGAGGUGCCAAGAAUUUGAUUGUCCCGUCACGGUCGGGAAUUUCUUCAGACGAAGCUUCCAGAAUUGUGAAAGAACUUGGGGAGAGAGGUUGCCGUGUAGUGGCUCACCGCUGCGACGUAGCCUCUGCUUCAGAUCUGUCGGCGUUGCUGGAAGAGUGCUCUACCACAUUACCUUCGAUUCGCGGCUGCAUUAACGCAGCCAUGGCAUUACAGGAUUCUAUUUUCGAGAACAUGAGCCAUGCGCAAUGGUCCACAACCAUUCGGUCCAAGGUCAAUACUUCUUACAACCUCCAUACCCUCCUGCCUAACAACCUCGACUUUUUCAUUCUCCUCUCGUCCCUCGCCGGGAUCUACGGACCCGUGAGCCAGUCUAACUACGCCGCCGGAUGUACCUUCCAGGACGCCCUCGCGCAUAUACGGAGUUCAGCCGGCCACCCCUCAUCGGUGGCGCUCGACCUAGGCUGGAUGCGCACAAUCGGUAUCGUCGCUGAGCGGACCGACUAUCGCCGUCACCGAGAGCGGGCGAAAGAUAUGGAUGCUGUAGAGGAGGACGAUUUAAGAGCGCUGCUAGAGCACUUCUGCAAUCCUGAUCAAGGAAAUCAGAAACAGAGAAGCCAAGUCCUUGUCGGAGCCGUUAUACCAGCUCAUUUUAGAGCACGGGGCGAGGAACCUCCGGAGUUUUUAGACCGACCGUUCGUAGCCGGGUUUGAUAACAUCUAUGACAGUAGCGGUAAGCAUACCGCCGGAGUCGCGGGGGCAUCAUCCGAAGUCACCAACCCGUCUAUCCUGUUCGCGCAGGCCAGCACUCCUCAGAAACGGAGUGAGGUCGUAGUUAACGCGCUAAAGGGGAAGCUAGCUCACGCGUUAUGUGUCGAUGUGGAGGAGGUGGAUGCCCGCAAAGGCCUAUCAGAUUACGGGGUCGACUCGCUUAUGGCAGUCGAACUACGCAACGGGAUCCGGAUUGACUUCGGAGCAAAUGUUGCGAUCUUUGAGAUUAUGGGUGGAGUGCCGAUUAUAGCAAUCGGACAGCUAGUUGUUAAAAAGGUGGCUGGUAAAUAG